AGCUCUAUUGUUUACUGUUAUUCUGGACAAUUCGUUAGCUUUGCGUGUUUUUCUUGAAAUAUAUCAAAAACUAAUUUAUACUAUAGCAAAAAUGUCUUUCGACACAAUUCCCAAAGAUCUGCGAGGAUUGCGUGCAUGCUUGGUGUGCUCCCUUAUCAAGACUUUCGACCAAUUCGAGUAUGAUGGCUGCGACAAUUGCGAUGAGUUUUUGCGCAUGAAGAAUAACAAGGACAAUGUUUACGACCAUACCAGCAACAAUUUUGAUGGACUUAUUGCUUUAAUGAGUCCCGAAGAUUCUUGGGUGGCCAAGUGGCAGAGGAUAGGUCGUUUCACUAGGGGAAUCUAUGCAAUAUCUGUCUCGGGAACCUUGCCACAAGCAACACUGAGAGAAAUGAAAAGUCGAGGCAUCCCCUAUAGACCCAGAGAUACAAGCCAGCGUUAGAAUAAGAUCGGAAAGUGUGAAAAUCCUCACGUAAGUGCUGUCAGCAUCAAUAAUGGGGUUCUUCUUCUGCAGUUACUGACACUGAAAUCAAAAACCUCGAUUUCUUUAUACCUAUACAUGGAAGGAAACACCCAACAGACUUACAAUAUAUUUAAAAAAGGAAUACUUUAUUAAACUUUUAUAAUAUAGUGAAAAAAGUUAAAAAAUUCAAUAAAAAAUAAUAAUAUACAAACAUUAA